AUGUCAGUGAGGUUCAGGGGGGCUGUGCUCACCCAACGGCUCUCCCUGCAGAAGAAAAGCCGUGAGGAGUCGAGCGGCGAGGGCAGCGGGGUGGAGAUCCUGGCCAACCGGCCCUACAGCGAUGGCCCCGGGGGCAGCGGCCAGUACACCCACAAAAUCUACCACGUGGGGUCCCACAUCCCCAGCUGGUUUCGGGCGCUGCUCCCCAAGGCUGCGCUGCAGGUGGAGGAGGAGUCCUGGAACGCUUAUCCCUACACCCGCACCAGGUAUACCUGUCCCUUUGUGGAGAAGUUCUCCAUCGAGAUCGAGACGUACUACCGGCCGGACGCAGGCCAGCAGACCAACGUCUUCAACCUGAGUGCAGCUGAGAAGAGGCAGAGGAUUUUGGACACCAUUGACAUUGUGCGUGAUCCCAUCUCCCCGGGGGAAUAUAAGCCCGAGGAGGACCCCAAACUUUACCACUCAGCCAAGACAGGCCGGGGCCCGCUGGGGGACGACUGGCUGGAGGUGUUUGCCAGCGGGCCCCUGAUGUGCGCCUACAAGCUCUGCAAGGUGGAGUUUCGCUACUGGGGGAUGCAGUCAAAAAUCGAGCAGUUCAUCCAUGACGUGGGUUUGCGGAAGGUGAUGCUGCGCGCCCACCGCCAGGCUUGGUGCUGGCAGGACGAGUGGACGGACCUGACGAUGGAGGACAUUCGGCAGCUGGAGGAGGAGACGGCACGGAUGUUGGCGCAGAAAAUGGCCAAGUGCGGCGAGGCUGAGGAGCCCCCUGCUGCUGGGCCCAGCCCUGAGGGGCGGCCAGAGCCUGGGGGUGCCAGCGAGCAGGAGGGGGCUGAGGUGCAGGGAGUGGCCGAUGCCUCCCCUGAUGAUACCUUUGCCAAGCAGUGGUCCACCUCUUCCCGGUCUUCCUACUCUUCCCAGCAUGGAGGGGGGGUGUCUCCUCAAAGCCUGUCUGAGUGGCGGAUGCAGAACAUUGCCCGUGACUCCGAGAACAGCUCUGAAGAGGAGUUUUUUGACGCCCACGAGGACCUGUCCGACAGCGACGAGGUCUUUGCAAAGGAGAUGACAAAGUGGAGCUCCAACGACUUCUUGGACACGCUGGAACGACCAGUGGAGCUGGAUGAGGUGCUGGGGAACGGAGCCAGCGCCACCAAGGUGGAUGGUGAAGGGCUGGGGGUGUCUGGCUUCCCUGAGGGCGGCUCGGCAGAGAGCGCAGUGCAGGCUUGCCGGAUCCACGCCCUCUUCCUCAUCCUCCACAGCGGCAACAUCCUGGACCAGGGAGCGGGCGAGCCGGGCUCCAAGCAGGCGGACGUACAGACGCUGGCGGCCACCUUCGACGCCGUCACCCGUGUCCACUUCCCAGAGGCGCUGGGGCACGUGGCGCUGCGCCUGGUCCCCUGCCCGCCCAUCUGCGCCGCUGCCUACGCCCUCGUCUCCAAGCUCAGCCCCUACAGCCAUGACAGGGACAGCCUGUCCAGCAGCCAGGACCACAUCCCACUGGCAGCCCUCCCGCUGCUGGCGACCUCCUCGGGGAGCUACCAGCACGCUGUGGGUGCCGUCAUCGCCCGUGCCAACCAGGCAUACAGCUCCUUCCUGCACUCCGGCGAGGGGGCUGGCUUCUGCGGCCAGGUGGUACUGCUGGGGGACUGCGUGGGCAGCAUCCUGGGCUUCGACGCGCUCUGCCAGAGCCGGGCGGGCUCAGGGGGCAGCCGCAGCAGCAGUCGCCGUGGCAGUUUGAGCACGGAGCCUGUUUCCCCCGAGCUGUGCAGCGGCAGGGAUCCACUGGCCGAUGGGGCAGACGGAGCCGCAGGGUCAGACCAGGCCAGCCUGGAGCUGGGAACGCAGCCAUCCUGCCGGGAGCAGGGGGACAGCCACCAUCACAGCUCCUCAUGCAGCCUACAGGCCAGCGAGGCCCCGCUGGAGGCAGAGGCACCACGGACGCUGGAUGGGGCGGAGGGUGCCGGCACUCGCCUCGACUUUAAGGUAUCCGGCUUCUUCCUCUUUGGCUCCCCGCUGGGGCUGGUGCUCGCCCUGCGCAAGACCGUCAUGCCCGCUCUGGAUGUGGCCCAGCUGCGUCCUGCCUGCGAGCAAAUCUACAACCUCUUCCACGCGGCUGACCCCUGCGCCUCUCGCCUGGAGCCUCUCUUGGCUAAGGCCUUCCACGCCGUCCCACCGCUGAGCGUUCCCCGCUACCAGAAGUACCCGCUGGGUGACGGCACCUCUUCCCUGCUGGCGGAGGCCCUGCAGAUGCACUCUGCCCUGUUUCUGCCCGAGGUGGAUGUGGCCGCCCCCCCUACCCCCACCGGCAGCUUUGGGGGCUUCUGGAGGGGCAGCGAGCCAGCAGAGCCCCCCACUCCCGCCAGCACCAGUGAAGUUGUCAAGAUCCUGGAGCGUUGGUGGGGCCCGAAGCGCAUCGACUACUCGCUGUACUGCCCCGAUGCCCUGACCGCCUUCCCCACCAUCACCCUGCCCCACCUCUUCCACGCCAGCUACUGGGAAUCCUCCGACGUGGUGGCCUUCAUCCUACGCCAGGUGAUGGAGAAGGAAGCACCACAGCCAGCGGAGAGCGAGGAGAGCUCGAUCUACAGCCCUGCUAUCCCCCGGGAGAAGUGGCAGCGUAAACGCACCCAAGUGAAGAUUCGGAACGUGACAGCCAACCACCGGGCCAGUGACGUGAUCGUGUGUGAGGGCAAAGCGCAGGUCCUCAGCGGGCGCUUCAUGUACGGGCCCCUGGAUGUGGUGACGCUGACUGGGGAGAAGGUUGAUAUCUAUAUCAUGACACAGCCGCUGUCAGGGAAGUGGCUGUACUAUGGCACCGAAGUGACAAGUGGCAGCGGGCGUCUGACCUUCACCAUCCCUCCAGACAAGGCUCUAGCCAUUGGCAUCUACCCCGUGCGCAUGGUGGUCAGGGGGGACCACAGCUAUGCCGAGGCGUACCUGACGGUGGUGGCCCGGGGCACCGAGUCGGUUGUGUUCAGCAUCGACGGCUCCUUCACCGCCAGCGUCUCCAUCAUGGGCAGCGACCCCAAAGUGCGGGCGGGGGCUGUCGACGUUGUACGGCACUGGCAGGACUCGGGCUACAUGAUCAUCUAUGUGACGGGGCGGCCCGACAUGCAGAAGCAUCGCGUGGUGGCCUGGCUCUCCCAGCACAACUUCCCCCACGGCGCAGUCUCCUUCUGCGACGGGCUCACCCACGACCCCCUGCGCCAGAAAGCUGCUUUCCUGCAGAGCCUGCGCACCGAGGUGGGGACAUGAAGGGGUAGCACGGGCUGUGCUGCAGCCCAGGGGUCAGUGGAGAUGCUCAGAGCUGGCCCACACUGCGCUGGCGGAGCUGACCCUCUCUCCCAGGACCAUGCUUGGGGCACAGAGGGACAGCUCCCA